AUUUCACUUCAUAUAGAUUAUAAACUUAGACCUAGUGGACACAGGGGAUUCCAAAUUAUAAGGAUAAGUGGGAAAUGGGAAGUUUAUUUUGGAAAAAUAGAAUGAAAAUCAGGACGAUAGCUGGACAUAAUAUCCAGUGACUCCUGUGCUGUGAAUCAUUUCCGAGCUGCUGGACUGAUCGUUUCAUACUGUUACAUCAGAUUUACCACAUGGAUGCUCUUUUUUUUGAUAGUUCAGAUUAAUCACUUGAUUGAUUCAUAUUACAAGAAAGUUACAACGUGAUUACACGAAGCUGUCAGUGGCUUGUGCGCGAUUAUGCCACAUUGUGCUACCUGUCUUGUCAGAUUGUCAAACACCUGCAAAGUCUGAAUCCUCUGUUACAUAGACGAUCUUUAACACCGGUGUCCAGCAAGGCUAAUGUCGGUUCACUCUCUCAAACCCACCCGACUCAGUUUAAGACGUGGAAACGGUUUAUUAACUUGUACCAUAUUUACGCUGCUAUUUAUUUCAUUAUGAAUAGGGAGAGACUGUAUAAACUAAUGUAACAUUCCCCUGACACCCGGCUGGACAUUAUGGGAUUCAAUAACAUGGACGCGUCUGAAGCCUGACCCAACACAACUCACCGCCUGCUAGCUGCUAACUCACAGAGCUAGGUUAUAAUGUAAUAGGACUACCUCACAUUUACCCCCUGCAGAUAGAGCCGCAAGAGACCGGAAGUGCAUCCCUACAGAAUAAACAUGGGCAUCAAAGUAGCUGUGAGCUGCACUGUGUUGUACACCCUACUGGACGUGAUUGUCACCACUGUCCUGUACACACAUGGUUUGCACUUGAAUAUAUUCACAAAGGAUGCCCUGAACUUUAACAUCCUCCAGUCAGCGUUGGACCUCUGGGUGACUGUGCUGUUCAGAGCCUCCCUCCUGCUGGGAGCCUCCAUAGGGGUGUCAUGGAAUAGACAAGAUGGCCCACAAAGGGCAGCUAAACUCUCCUCGCUCAUUGUCUUCAUCUGUCUGAUCGUCAUCACCUACGCCCUGGCCAAGAUGCUGAUGCUAACCGAGCUGAAGCCUCUGACCCAACAGCCCUGGUUCCUGAGCCUGAUAUGCUGGACUUGUGCCUCUUCUCUGGGUGUCAUGCUGCUCUGGAGGAUGCUUGGGAAGGAGUCCAACUCGGCAAGCACGAGCUGCACAAGUGGAGGAGAAGGGGGCUCUGAGGAUGCUGAGAAGCUGGUGGGGACAGCUGGUGAGGAGGAGCAGGGGGUGGGGUGUGAGAGGAAGAAGAAGGAUGAGGAAAGCCAGGAGAAGAAGAUGACCAGCUCUGGGGCUACACUGGGACGUCUGCUGACCUACUGCAAAAAGGACGGUGGGCUGCUGUCCGUAGCCUUCCUCUUCCUCCUCAUCUCUGCUGUGUGUGAGGCCUUCAUACCGUACUACUACGGAAAAGCAAUAGACAGCAUUGUGGUUCACAAGAGCAUGGAGUACUUUGCUAAGCCUGUGAUCAUACUGUCAGUGCUGGCCUUAGCUAGUUCACUUGCAAUGGGAGUACGUGGAGGAGUCUUCACCCUGACGUUUGCAAAAUUAAACCUUCGGCUCAGGAACCAUCUCUUCAGAACUCUGAUGAGGCAGGAAAUUGGCUUUUUUGAUGAAAACCAUACAGGUGACAUCAUUUCACGUCUGUCUGCGGACACCACUCAGGUGAGUGACCUCAUCUCCCAGAAUGUCAACAUCUUUCUGCGGAGCAUGGUCAAGGGCAUUGGCUUCUUCAUCUUUAUGUUUGGGAUGUCCUGGAAGCUCACACUGGUGGCCAUCAUGGGAUUCCCUUUCAUUGCCCUUGUCUCCAGACUCUAUGGGGAUUACUACAAGAAAUUGACCAAAGAGGUGCAAACAACCCUCGCAGAGGCCAAUAAAGUUGCAGAGGAAACCAUUUCAGCCAUGAGGACAGUACGGAGCUUUGCCAACGAGUGCGGGGAGGCCGAUUCCUACUACAGCAAGCUUUUGGUCAUGUUCCAGCUCAACAAAAAACAAGCCCUGGCCUAUGCUUGCUACAUGUGGUCCAGUUGUAUUUCAGAGCUCGCUUUAGAGGUGGCUAUCCUCUUCUAUGGCGGCCACCUUGUACUAACCGGUCAGAUGAGCAGUGCUGCCUUGAUCUCUUUUUUCAUUUACUUGCUGGAACUGGGAGAAUGUCUGGAGAGUAUUGCAUCAGUGUACACGGGCCUCAUGCAGGGGGUUGGUGCUGCCGAGAAGGUUUUUGAGUACCUGGACAGAGAAACCAAACACCCAGCUGACGGCACAGAGGCUCCAGACACAUGCACCGGUUUGGUUGAAUUUAAAGACAUCACGUUUGCCUACCCAACACGCCCUGAGACUGAUAUUCUCAAGGGAGUGUCAUUCACUUUGCGUCCUGGGGAGGUAACCGCCCUUGUGGGACCUUCAGGCAGUGGGAAGAGCUCCUGUGUGAGUCUGCUGGAAAACUUCUACCUUCCUCAACAAGGCCAAGUGCUGCUGGAUGGAAAGCCCAUUCACACCUUCCAGCACGACUACCUCCACUCCAAGGUGGCUCUUGUGGGCCAAGAGCCUGUGCUGUUUGCUCGGACGGUCGGUGAGAACAUCACCUAUGGCCUGACUGACGUCCCCAUGGAGGCUGUGGUGCAGGCUGCCACCAAGGCUAAUGCUCAUGAUUUUAUCACCGCCCUCCCUUCAGGCUAUGAGACAAGUGUUGGCGAGAAAGGCACCCAGUUGUCAGGGGGGCAGAAACAAAGAGUGGCCAUUGCAAGAGCUCUCAUUCGCAACCCUCAUGUUCUUAUCCUGGAUGAGGCGACCAGCGCCCUGGAUGCAGAGAGUGAACACAUGGUUCAGACGGCUCUGAACAACAUCAUGCAGGAGCACACAGUGUUGGUAAUCGCCCAUCGGCUCAGCACAGUGGAAAAGGCAGACAACAUCAUCGUGAUUGACAAGGGGCAUGUGGCGGAACAGGGGUCUCACAGUCAGCUGAUGGCCAGUGGGGGGCUAUAUCAUAAGCUGGUGCAGAGGCAGGUCCUAGGCAUUGAGACAGGGGCGGAGGUCCUCAACCCAUCUGAAAAACUCAGCUGGAAGUCUGAUGGUGGAGGGAAGAAGAGAAGAAAGAGCAGCAGUUGCAGCACCAGUGAUUCUGAGCAUAAUGUACGCUAUUGAGAAUGACCUGCAGUGUGUGGAAAUGGGAUUGGACUGCUGGAUGGUUGAUGGCACGUUUUGUAUAUUCUAAGAUUCAAACCAUAUGUACUAUAGAGGCUAUUUUAUUCAGAUAUUCAGUAGUGUGCAGUUUAACUAUUUCCAUGCAAAGGGUAGAAGAGGUCUUCAAACUGAAUUUAACUUAAAGGGGUAGUUCAGAUUUUUUGAAGGUGGGUUGUAUGAGGUACUUAUCCAGAGUCAGUUUAUUACUUAAAGUAGAUGUCAGUCUGCACGCCUCCCUGUUUUGAGAAGUGGCAGGAUUGCUGAAACGGAAGCUAAGCAAUGUGCUGCUGUGGACGGGGUCAGCAGCAAAACCUAUCGUAGUCACCUAAAAAAAAGUCCCACCUAAAAGUAUGCUAUAUUGAGAGUAUUUUCACUGCUUUACCUUUCUGUCAGACCAUCCAUUCAAACAGGGAAGUCAUGAACAGCUUCAGUUCGAUCUAUGCUCUCUUAAAAGCCACCAGACUCCAUUGACAAAAACAAAAAUUUUGGCUCACUGAACACAGGAGCUGCUGGUCUCCUGCUGUCUCCAUCAGUUUGUUAGUUUGCGUCAUUGUGUGACUUUGGUGAAUCAGAGUUCACCACUUCAAACGCCAAAGUCACAAAAUAACACAAACAAAAUAACUGAUCGAGACAGCAGUAGACCAGCAGCUCCUGUGUUCAGUGAUGUUAAAUCACUGUUUUUCUCAAUGGAGUCUGGCUUUGAAGAGGGCGAUAUAACAGCUUCAGUUUCCUGUUGGAAAUUGCUGUCUGACAGAAAUGGAAAUUGGUAAAAAUACCCUCAAUACACUGUUCUAGGUGAGACUUUUUUCAGGUGGCUAAAAUACAUUUUAUUGCAGACCCCUUCAACAGCAGUAAAUUGCUUAGCCUGCCCAUCAGACUCCAGGGUGUUUCUCUAUACUGGGGGCAUGCCGACUGCCAUGUUGUGUAGGUAAUACACCGACUAUGGCUAAGUACCUUAUACAACCCCACUUAAAAAAAAUCCAAACUAUUCCUUUAAUCUAGAAUUAUUAUGUUAGAAUCAGUUCAGGUUAAGAUCAAAUGAUAGACAAACUAAGUAGCAUUAUGGACUUAAAAAUACAGUUGAAUGUAUCAAAACAUACCAUAGAGGGUUGGCAUUGCCACUAGAAAUAAAACUUGAAUGAAUGGCCACUAUGAUUAUUAACUGAUAUUAGCUUUAAGAACAGGCAAUAUGUUGCUGUUGAUGCACUAUGUAAGGAUGUGUUUGUUUUUUAAUACCUCAUCAUCAUACUACAAUCACGUAAGUUAUUGUUUUAUUGAACUCUUCCUCAGGAUUUGUUUUGCUUUUAUAUGGAGUUUGCAGUAGCAGGUGUGGAAAUGCUUCGUGUUUCUUUUCAAGGCUGUUUAAUUACAUCAUUUGUAACUCCACAAGUAAGUGCUGCAAUGACCACAAAGAAAAGACGGGUGCCUUUUGUCUGAUGAACUGAAUUCACAGUAGGGACCUAACUGUCUGUGAUAAGGGCGAAUAAAUUUAAUGACUCCAGAG